AAUUUGAUAUCUGAGUUGCAUUUGCGAUUGCUCCACGAAUGCCCUCCGCUCACAAACUUAUCCUUAGAAGAAGUAGCUUCAACUUCUGCUGGGAAAGUCUCAUCUACUCCUGUAUUAUCUCCAACUUCUCGUGGAGCGGCUACAGAGCUAGAUCGGCCCGAUGUUAGCAUUGCCAAUUCUUCAUCCAUGGCAUCAACCCACACUCUCAUAGCUUCCAGCGGUGCCGGCAAAGCCUUUUCAUCUAGCACUUGGACUACACCUCUUAAGCUCAGACCCGGACUGUCUCAUCAACACAACUUGAAGCAACAUCAAAUUUUGCAUCCUCCAAUUACCUCGACUCCGGCACAUGGAGUAACAAGCGGCUCUAGCCUACUUGGAAAGCAUCAGGAUCUCACUUCGUCUCGAUCAGGGAAAGUUGAUUCAAUAAUGAAUGAGCAUUUAGAACUGAUCAGAGUACUUCACGAUACCCGAUCCUUUCUUGUUCUUCUUCCUAGCCGAGAGCUUCAGGCCCACUACUUUGAGGCUUCCACUCAAGAGGAUCGUGAUAAGUAC